AUGCCACCAAAGAAAGCCGCCCGCCCAGCACAGGAGAACAUCUCCCUUGGCCCUCAGGUCAGAGAUGGCGAACUCGUCUUCGGUGUCGCAAGAAUCUUUGCGUCUUUCAACGAUACCUUCGUCCAUAUCACUGAUCUUUCUGGCCGCGAAACUAUCACCCGUGUUACUGGUGGAAUGAAGGUCAAGGCAGACCGUGACGAGUCCUCCCCAUACGCCGCUAUGUUGGCUGCUCAAGAUGUCGCAAUUCGAUGCAAGGAAUUGGGCAUCAACGCUCUCCACAUCAAGAUCCGUGCCACUGGAGGUAACGGCACCAAGACCCCAGGCCCAGGAGCCCAGUCCGCUCUCCGUGCCCUCGCUCGUUCAGGAAUGAAGAUUGGUCGUAUUGAGGAUGUCACACCAACACCAUCCGAUAGCACCCGCCGUAAGGGAGGUCGUCGUGGUCGUCGUCUUUAG